AUAUCACUUUCUGGAUGCACUAUUUUCCCAUUUUGUAUUAUUUUCUCUCUCUCUUUCUCUGCUGUCUCUCUCUUUUAUAUAAGCUCAACCAUUCUUUAUUAUUUAUCUUUCUCUUGUUUAAAUUGACAACGCAAUAAUUACUUGUCUCUUAUAUGCGACUAUUGCUAUAUUAUGCAGUCGUCGUCCAAUAACUUUAAUCAACCAACUGGUUCAAAUGUUCCUACAGCAUCUACAUCAUCAACAAGAAAUUCAAAGCUAGAACAAAUUAUACAGAACUUUUAUACGAAAACAGCACAGAUUAUUGUCCAGGGACGCCUUACAGCUUCAAAUACAAAAAGAACUAGUAUUAGAGGAUAUGGAUCUUCAGUCAGAAAAUGGAAUAAAUGGUUUAAUAUUGCAACUGAAGAUAUAGAGCUACUGCGGGAAGAUUUGAAAUAUUGGAGAAAUCUAACUGUGAUGGAUAAUGAGGAGCAAGUGCCACCGAUGACGAUAGAUAUCUAUUUGGAUACGUCCAAGCUAACACCAAACCAAACAUUAAUGGCUGUGGAUGAUAAUCUUCGAUGGGGAUAUGUAGACGUACUUCAUGUCAACCGUAUCUUGAUCGAAACUUGGGUGCUCACUUAUUGUAGAUAUCCUCCUCCUUCAGACUACGCCGUGGAUUUACCUAAUUUAUAUAAACGCUCAAUUGUAUUUUUUAGAUCUCUACACUCCUUUGUUAGGUUACUACCCACCUAUGAUCUUUACCGUAAAAUACGUAAAUUAAAUGAAGCCAACCCAUUAUCUAUCGGCUACCGUCUUUCUUCCAACCCGAAGGCGCAGUAUAACUCAGAGAUAUCCUUGGGUAAAUCAAUGAAUUCCACCAUUCUCGAAAGCGACGCACGUAAACCGACGAGUCAUUAUGAGUUCUCUGACAUUGUUACACCAAUGGGAACCUUUAACCUUACUGUAAUCUAUCGACGAAAUUGUGAUUUUAAGGUAGAAGAUAGAGAAAGAGAUCUUAGUGCUCAAUUUAUCGACAUGGAUGAGCAAUUUUUUACGCCUACAAUGACAAAAUACCAAGAGGAAUACUCAAAGGCUCGACCUACAUCAUUGUAUUCGGUUACACCAAAAGAGUCUACAUCUACAUCAUCUUCAACCAGGGGAGUUUCCAAAGAAUCUACUUAUAGGCCAAAAAGCAGUAGUUCUCUAUCCUCAUCCACUCGUCGUUCUUCUGCACCUUUUGCUGUAUCACCUUUCAAAUCACCUUUUUUAUCAUCUUCCCCACAAACAGAUUCUAUUUUCCCAAACACACUUGGACCAAAACAACAACAGACAACGCCCAAUCCACCUGGACUGGCAGGUAAGCAGAGCGUGGACAGCGGUUCGUUUGGACGAAAGAUUGAGUUUUCGUCGAGUUUUGAAAAAUAUAAAGCAAGUCCAACGGGUAAAAUACCUGACUCGCCUUCACUAAGCAGUAUAAGACGUUUAUCUCGGAAUAGUGAUCAGAGCUCCAUUUUUAACCAGGAUGAUGACGAGCUCGAGGAUUUUGUGCGGCUGAUGGCGUCCAAUCAAGAGCUUCGAUUAUUUCAACAGCGUCAUCAGUUUACCUCUCUUUCCACCGAUGCCUCAACAGGGUCGGACAUGACCAGUAGUAUGGGCGGGUCGAUAUUUACAAACAAAAAAGCGGCACUAUCCCAUUUUCAAAACCUGCGAGAUACACACACGUCAUUAUCAGAAUCCUUGUCGUCCAGUAUGAUGUUGGGUGCCACAAACCCUAAUACCAGUACAGCCAGUAAUAGCAAUAAUGACAAUGAUGGUAGCAAUAACAACAAUAAUAACAACAAUCAAGAUUCCGUUACUGGUGUCUCUCCAGUUUCCUCCACAUCCUCUACGGGCCGAUCCUAUCAGCCUAUUAUACCUUCUCCUUUACACGCCGAACAGAGAUCAACUCCAUCUGUACAUAUACCUCGAAGCUACCCUCAAGGACGCUCAGCAGCACCUAUUCAACAUCACAAUCCUCUAAGGAUUACAAAAAUAUCCGAUGACGACAAUGAAGAGAACAGUGAUAGAAGAUGUAGCGACCUCCCUGCCUAUUCUACCUAUCCGCAAGACAGCUUUCACCAAGACUUGCAUGUCAUGACAAGAAAUAGACCUACGACUGAAACAACAAAUGGCCUAGGCGAGAGUAGCCUACAGGAAGGCUCACGCCACGGACAGGCGGCCAGUAAAGGAAACCAUGGGAGCAGUGUGCUAGAUGAUGAUGAUUCGCUUGUUUUCAAAAUGAGCGAAUUGGGUUGUGAAUCUUCUAUACAGCCUCAGGAACAGCAAAUGUUAUAUAAUAGACCUGGCAACAAUAAUAGAUUACAAUCAAGAAAACUUGAGCAAUCUUUUAAUUUAACUAUAGAAGCCAAGCCCACUUCUCCCCCGCUCCAUCGUUUACAUCAACAGCAACAGCAACAGCAACAGCAACAGCAACAACAACAGCAACAGCAACAACAACAGCAGCAGCAACAACAACAGCAGCAGCAGCAACAACAGUCACCACAACAACCUCACCACCAUCACCAUCAGCAACAGCAGCAACAACCAAGCGAAAAUAGCCAAAGUCCAGCUAGCAAGUCAUCAAGCCCUUUACUUCCUUUUGAUGCAUGGUAA